ACGCACUAGACGCUAGGAAAACUACAGAUUUGGGUUUGUCCUGUCUUUUGCUUGCUAGCAAGCAAAGCUGAGCCGUUCAAAACCUCGUUCGUUGCCCCCCAAGAAAGGAAGAAGAGCAUUUCCCGACUUCAGAGAUUAGAAUUACAUCUUGCUCUUGAUAUCCGGAUUCGAUUCUCGCCGCAAAAUUAGAGUCACAGUAUAACAAACCUGUCACAACCCAAGACACCCGGAUCUCUGUCCGUCUGUCGUACAAAUGCCGUCACGGAUAAAUCUCCCCAAGUUAUCCCUCUUCUCCUCGUCCCGGAACUCCUCGUCCUCCUUCUCUUCUCCUCCAUCCCCAUCCUCAUCUACCCCUGCAUUCAAGAUGCCAACACCAUCAACAAGCAAAUCAAACAACAACCGCAGCCCCGUGUUCCCCCCGGCCCGGCUGCACCUCCGCAACAUCCUCCCCUCAAGCCCGGAGGAGCCCCCGAGCCUGCCGCCUCCACCUCGGUCCCCGCGGGCCUGGGUCUGGCAGUGCCACAGAUGCAUGAACGUGUACCGUCUAAGCUGCACGCGGCGCUGCCUAGACUGCUCGCACACAUACUGCGUCUCGAACCCCAAAAACACAAACCCGCGCUCCGCUAACCCGAAAAAGAAGAACCAUCACCGCCGGCGGGCCACGGGGCUCUGCGGCGCCGAGUUCGACUACGUCGGCUGGGAGCAGUGGGGCUCCUGGCGGCGCAAGGUCCUCGGUUACGAGGCCGCGGGCCGGUGCGAGCCCAAGGCGCGCGAUCGCGCGUUCAUGAAGAAACUACACAACUGCUGGAUCGAUUGCGAUUCGCCCUCGGAGUGCUGCCAUCGCCGCUUCGAACUAACCACCGAGGCGCUGCGGAACGCGCAGAUGCAGGCGCAGGAGAUGGUGAAGACCAGUGGUUUUGUCCCGGUGAACCGCCCCGUUGAUCCCGAUCUAUCGGAGCCGGUGGAGACUCAUGACGGAGAUGAGACGCCGCCGAAGAGCCCGUUGGGCCAGUCUAGUUUCUUGUGGGACGAUGAUGAGACCGAGGUCGAAUAUGGCGGUGAGAAUAAGGAGAAUGAGGAAGUUUUUGAAGUUGAAGAGCCCGAGGAGGACAAGUGGUGCGCUGAUGCCUCUGGUUCUAAGACGUACGCUGAGCAGAGCUCGCCUUGGAAAAUCCCCGGUCUGGACAGCAAGUACUGGGCGAGCGCCUUUGAGGACGACGCGCAAGCCUGUGCUUCCAAAGGGUUGACUGUGCGGAAUCUGACUGGUGAGGAUUCCACACCCGCCGGGUCUGACUCGGAGUCUGAGUCGGAUCGCAGUAGCUGGUCGACGUCUAGUGAGGAGUCGGACGAUAGCUUAGAGAUUGGCGCCGCGGUCUAGGUAGCCUGAUAUCUAUGAUCAUGG